CAGGGCGGCGGGUGCCGUCGAUCGAUGGGUGUAAACGCAUUCGGGCGCGCGGUGUUGACCCGCCUGCCAGGUUAGCCGGAUAGGCACCUCGAGCUGGCGGCGUCCACGUCAAAACCGAAGCAAGCGGCGGCAGCGUCAGAGGGAGGGAGGCGGCACACCGACACCUGCCGAUAACAAGGCGAGCGCGAGGUGGGAGAGAUCCGGGCAAGCGCGCCGGCCGUAGAAGAUCUGGUUGGUGCCCAGAAAAGAAACAACGAGGAUACCACCGCCAGGGAGGAGAGGGAGGCAGGAAGGGGGAGCAGCCGGAGGAAAUCUAGGGAGGAGGAGGAGAUCUCUCUUCUCGCUCGAUGGAGCGGGGAGAGGGGCAGGGAGGGGACUCCUCCGGGGGGCAAGUCAGGAAGAAGAGGAUGCGAAGGAAAAGCACUGGCCCUGACUCCAUUGCUGAGACAAUCAAGCGGUGGAAGGAACAAAACCAGAAGCUCCAGGAGAGUAGCUCCAGGAAGGCACCAGCCAAGGGUUCCAAGAAAGGGUGCAUGGCCGGGAAAGGAGGCCCUGAGAAUGGGAAUUGUGCAUACCGUGGUGUGAGGCAGCGGACAUGGGGCAAGUGGGUGGCCGAGAUCCGUGAGCCCAACCGUGGCAGGCGCCUAUGGCUGGGCUCAUUCCCUACUGCUGUGGAGGCUGCUCAUGCAUAUGAUGAGGCGGCGAGGGCGAUGUAUGGUCCAACAGCACGUGUCAACUUUUCAGAGAGUUCUGCAGAUGCCCAUUCUGGUUGCACAUCAGCGCUUUCAUUGCUGGCGUCUAAUGUACCACCGGCUGCUCAACGGUCUGAUGACAAGGAUGAGGUGGAAUCUGUAGAGACUGAGGUGCAUGAGGUGAAAAUGGAAGUGAAUGAUGACUUGGGAAGUAUGCACGUGGAGCAGAAGACUCUGAAGGUAGUUCAAUCUGAGGAGAGUGUUUUACACAAAGAAGGGAACGUAAGUUAUGAUUACUUCAACGUCGAAGAUGUUCUUGAGAUGAUAAUUAUAGAAUUGAAUGCUGAUAAAAAAUUCGAAGUACAUGAAGAAUACCAAGAUGGAGGUGAUGGGUUUAGUCUUUUCUCAUAUUAGAGGUGUCGCCAUGCGGAGCAGUAGGAAUAACUUCAUUCUAGCUGGUAGGAAAUGCUUCAACCUGAAGCUUUCUAGUCAUUUGUGGUUUUCAUCUUACUGAGACAUAGCUUUAUACUAUAAGCCAACCGGUACAAGAAGUUGUCCUGUGUGUUGA